CAACAAUCGAACAAUAAUGUGGGCGUGUAUAUGCCGCUUAUCAGUUACAGAGUCCAGAAACUAUUUUGAUUUGCACAUAUUUUGAGUCAAUUCCAUGAUCCUUUUAAUUGUUCUGUCAUUAUUCAAAUUAUUCCGGUAGAAUAAGAAAUUUGUUAUUAAAUAAGUUUAAUGGAAUAUUUUAUAAAUAUAUCUUGUUUAAUAUAAUUUUUUAAGUAUUAAAAAUUUUUAACCCAGUGGAAUAAAAAGUAUUUAUUAUUAUUAACAUUGUAAUUGAAUUUAUUUACGACUUUUUUUAUAAUAGUCAAACUAGUUUUCGUUUAAAUUAAUUAUUUCUCAAUUACUGAAAUUUUUUUUUGUUAUCGAAUUAAAUUUUUAAGUUGUAAAUAAAAUAAAUAAUUUAGCCAUCUACAAUCACCAAGAUGCUGUCGGAUGAACUAGAUACAGAAGAAAACCAUUCUCCAAAUGAUUUAGUUAAUGAAGAUUUACUAAAUGAGGGAAAUAAUUCUGAAAAUGUGGAUUUGAGUGAUAAUUCCCUUCAAGUUGUUAUAUCUGAUGCUUUAAGUGAAAAAGAUAGAGUAAAGUUCACUGUUCUUUCAAAGACAACAUUGCCAGAUUUUCAAAAAUCAGAAUUUUCUGUUGUAAGACAACAUGAAGAAUUUAUUUGGUUACAUGAUCAAUUUGAAGAAAAUGAGGAUUAUGCUGGCUACAUUAUUCCACCAGCUCCACCACGUCCAGAUUUUGAUUCAUCAAGAGAAAAAUUACAAAAACUCGGUGAAGGAGAAGGUACUAUGACUAAAGAAGAGUUUAUGAAAAUGAAAAAAGAAUUAGAAGCUGAAUAUUUAGCUACAUUUAAAAAAACUGUUGCUAUGCAUGAAAUGUUUCUUUCAAGACUCGCCCAACAUCCAGUAUUUCGUUAUGAUACAAAUUUUAGAGUAUUUCUUGAAUAUGAUCAAGAUUUAGCUGUUCGUACUAAAAACAAAAAGGAGUUAUUUGAGGAAAUUAUGAAAUCAUUAUCAAAAACAACAGACGAAUAUCUACUUUCGGCUACAGUUAGAGAUGUAAAUGACUUCUUUGAACAAGAAAAAAACUUUCUCAUUGACUAUUAUGGUCAUUUGAAAGAUGCUACUAUGAAAUCAGAUAAAAUGGUUAACAAACAUAAAGAUGUUGCUGAUUCUUAUAUUAAGAUAUCAUCAUAUUUGGUUCAAUUAUCUACUUUUGAUCAUAGAGAACUGGAUUGGUUUUUAAAUAGAUUUUCUGAAACAUUAGAAAAAUUAAGGAAGGUUGAAGGACGAGUAGCAUCUGACGAAGACCUUAAACUUUCAGAUACUUUACGGUAUUAUGUCGGUGAUUCAUUUGCUGCUAAAAGACUUUUAUAUAGGCGACUACGGUGUUUAGCUAAUUAUGAAGCAGCAAAUCGUAAUUUAGAAAAAGCAAGAGCAAAAAAUAGAGAUGUUCAUGCUGCUCAAGAAAUAAUUGAUGCUGAAACAGCACAACAAUUAUCCUGUGAGAAAUUUGAAGUGAUGUCUGAUAAAGGAAAAGAAGAAUUAAUUGAUUUCAAAGCUAGAAGAGUGUCUACAUUUAAUAAAAAUUUAUUAGAGCUUGCUGAAUGGGAAAUUAAACAUGCUCAGCAUCAAAUAGAUAUUUUAAAAACUAGCCUUGAAAUAAUAAACAGUGAAGAAAAAAAAACUUCUUUAAAUGUUGAAGUAUUAUCGUAAAGAAGUUAGUAAUGUCUUGCCUAUAGAAUGACUUGUUUUGUUGAUGUUAACUUGAUGCAGCAUAUAUACCAAAAUUUGUAUCAUUUGUAUCACAUUAUAAUGUCUUAUGUAUUAGUUUUUUUUUUUUAUUUGAAUUAUCGAUUUUAUUUUAUUUGAUAAUCUAUCAAAACAAAACAAAAAAAUAAAGAUUCAAAAGUGUCAAUCUAUUGAAAAAUAUGUAUAUUAAAUUAUAGUUUUAUAACAUAUAUUUAUAAAUAUUUAAUAUAAUUUUGCA